CCCUGAAGUCUCUAGCAGAUCAAAUAUCAAUCCAACUACACAAAAACAAACCCAAUCCUCCUUCUAUGCGUUUCAACACAUCACAUCUCUGAACCCUCUUUUCUAUGAUCUCAACUAUCCGCACCCCAUAAAAUUUCCAACUUUACAUCGCAAUCCUCUCUUUCCCUAAGACCCUUUUCAUUUUUUGAUCCCUAUCCCUUCAAACCCACACCCCACAGAGAUUUUAAGCUCUUUCCCCGACUGGGUUUUAAAAAAAAUCUGAUUUUUUUGCUUAUGUUUUUGUUAAAGCCAUGAAUUUCAGGAGCUUGGAAGAUUUCUGGGCUUUUUAUGUGAACCAGCAUUCGAAACCGUCCACAAGGCGUUGGCACUUUGUGGGCACGCUCUUCAGUAUUUUCUUCUUGCUCUGUUCGGUUUUCUUCAGCUGGUGGUUCUUGUUCUUUGUUCCUUUUUCUGGGUAUGGAUGUGCUUGGUACAGUCAUUUCUUUGUUGAAGGGAAUGUUCCUGCCACUUUUGGGCACCCCUUUUGGUCACUCUUAUGUGAUUUCAAGAUGUUUGGCUUGAUGCUUACUGGGAAAAUGGACAGAGAGAUUAAGAGGCUUGGAAAAAGACCUGUGCUGCAAGUGUUUUAAUUUCCAUGUUAGCUUGUUCCCUUUUGUUUGAGGAAAUAUUGAAGUGCAGAUGCAUUCAGUCAAGUUUGUCAGUGGGGAUGAUGGUGCUUCGUGAUUGGCUUGGCAAUCUUUGAGAAUGCUAUGUGAUGUUCAAAAUUCAAUUGUAUGAUAUGAAGUGUGCAUGACACCAAUCAGGUAUACUUCACCGAUCUGGGAUACCACAUUUAGUCUUGUGAUAUUCUUGGUAUUUACAUGGUCUAUAUGUACAUUGAAAGUUGAAACAUUUGUUGCUAUUUGCUAGCAAUUAGUACAUCUCUAUUCAAUAAAA